AUAAUAUAAUAAUACCUCUAUAUAUAGCUUCAAGAUAGGUUCAAUUAUCUCAACAACAAAUCAACCCUCAUAUUUACUUCACAAACCUUCAUAUAUCAUUUCUUGUAUCCUUCACAACUUCUUCAGUUUCCUCUUCACUAAAAGCUAUAUAUAAGUCUUGGGCAUUUGGCAAAACUACUCAUAAUUUAAUAAUUUCUUGAAGUUGUAUAAACAUAUGGAUAUGGUGAUGAAGUUGGGAACAUCAAGCGCGGUGGUGAUAUUCACAAAGAGUAGUUGUUGCAUUUCUCAUAGCAUUGAAACCCUAAUCCGUAGCUUUGGAGCAAACCCUACCGUUUACGAGCUUGAUACACAUCCAAAUGGGAAGCAAAUGGAGAAGGCAUUGAUGGAGCUAGGGUGUCAACCAAGUGUACCAACAAUAUUUAUAGGGAAAGAGUUAGUUGGUGGUGCAAAUGAGAUAAUGAGCCUUAAUGUGAGGGGCAAACUUAAACAAUUGCUCAUUAGGGCUAAUGCCAUUUGGGUAUAAAAAGUAAUUAUAUAAUAACAAGCGUAUUUGGAGGUUUUUAUAUAAUAAAUAUAUACAACUUAUACAUAGAGUCUUUUAGCUUCUUUGGAUGGUUGUUUUAUCUACCUAUUUGAUUAAGUUCUUGAUGUAUGAACAAAUAAUAAUAUCUUAUACUAUAAUGUAUGGUUAAUUACUCUUUAUUUUGUUA